AUGCAAGAUCUCUUGAAGCAGGAGGUGCUCCACCAUAAACAACAAAUGGAGCUGUUGUUGGGGGCGCUGGAAGACCAGCAGCAGUUCUUUACGAGGGAAGUAUGUAAUGUGGAUGGUGUUCCAAAUGAAUUGCAGUUGAAAAUUAUAACUGCAUCUUGUGGACAUCCAGCCUCCUUUAUGAUUCUUUUGAAGCUUUACCAUCAGUGUCAACCAACUGUAGACAGCUGGAGGAGUGAACUACAACUGCAGCUUGAAAAGUACAUGAACAGUACACACCUCAAAAUCAUAAUCAAGAAUGCACUACGGGAAAGGUCCCAGGAAGAUCAAGCAUGUAUUUGUGAUCUUAUAGGCAGUGCUGAUGGUUUGGAUACUAGUCUACAAAAAAUUGGCAAAGUCGAAAAGUACCUGCUUGACAUCAGUGUCCUCAUGCAAUCUUCCGCAUACAUGUCACUAGACAGAGCAAGAAAAGUCAUGAACGAAAAACAUACACGGAUCUUGCUUGAAAUGGCAAGACAGCCGGGCAACGAUGUUUGUGCCGACUGUGGUGCCAAAGCUCCACGUUGGACUUCGCAUAAUCUUGGUGUAUUCAUCUGUAUGCGAUGCGCUGGAAUACAUCGUAAACUUGGUACACACAUUUCAAAAGUCAAAUCAAUCAUGCUUGAUUUGUGGACGGCAGAACAAAUGGAUAAUAUGCGGAAAUGGGGCAAUCUUAAGGCAAAUUCUCUCUGGAAUCCUCAUCCCGAAUUCCACCCUAUUCCCGUCAAUGCCAGUGACAUAGAAAUGGAGAAGUACAUACGCAAGAAAUACGAGAAAGGCGCGUUUCGUGAAGAUAACUUAACUAAUGCAAAGCCACGUUCAGCUCCAACGUCAAGUUCAUCUUCGUCCUAUGCCGGGGUCUCCAACUCUGUAUCAACGGCAUCUUCUUUAUCAAGAAAAGAAACAGAUGGCGUUGUCACACGUAGUAGUAGUUAUGAUAGUGCUUUACAGAAAUUGAGGGAUAUGGGCUUCACGGACGAUGCCCGUAAUCGCGAGGUAGUGGCCACUACCAACGGAGAUGUCAAAGCCGCGGUAGAAAUAUUAUGCCGGCUACCGAGUAACAGUGUAUCUUCCGCACCCGCACAUGGACGAACAGCAUCACUUCCGGAUGACGAUAAAGCAAUACAAUUAUGGAAUAUGGGCUUUCAUGACGACGCAAAGAAUAGAGAUGCUUUACGCCGUACAGGAGGAAAUGUCGAAGUAGCCGCGGCAUUGUUGAUUGAAGAACGUUCAAGUGCAACGCAUACUAGAGAACAACAAGCUUCAGCAUCUAGUCAAGCCGUUGGGUCACUUCAGCAAGAACAACAGCGAAAGCAACACAAAUUGCCGCUAUCGCAAUCAUCUUCUAUUGUGGACAUGUCUCCUUCUGAACUAAUGCCUACACAAAAACCCCAAUUCACUGAUGCCAACACAUAUUCACCGAAUGCAUACUCGUCUUUAAACAGUCCGCAAAUAAAUCAGGCUUUUGGUUAUCCGCAACCGAACAAUACGAAUAAUGGUGGUUUUGGCGGAUUGGAUCGGUCAAUGAGUGGCUCGACUAGCGGCCUUAAUCAGUUACCAAACCAGACUAGUCAAACUGGUUUCCAGCAAGGAAUUGCCAGUUUUUCCGCGGACAGCACGAAUGGCAUCAAUCAGCAACAGAACCAAUUUGGACAAUUCAUGCAAGCUCAGCCAAAUAAUUUUAGUAGUUCAAUGAACACUGGAGGAAAUGCGACUGCUAAUACGUUCGGCGUGAACAACGGUCUGCAACGGCAGCAAUCACUACCAGUUGGUAUGAACCUGAACAACCAGUCGAACUACGUGAAUUCCCAGUCAUUAUUUACACCAAAUAGUUCAGCAUUUGGAUUUAGUCAGCAACCACAGCAACAGCCUAGUAACACGAUAGGAAUGGUUGGAUUUACACAAUCGCAACCUCAGCAGCAGCAAACUGCAUUACUUGGAAUGGGCGGUUUCCAAUCUCUGCAACAUCAACAGCCGCAACAACAACAGCAGCAGCAGCAGCAACAGUCAUUGCAACAGCAACAGCAACAGCAACAAUCAUUACAACAGCAGCAAUCACUGCAACAGCAGCAAUCAUUGCAACAGCAGCAAUCAUUGCAACAGCAACAAUUACUACAACAACGUCAGCAACAGCAACAAUUAUUGCAACAGCAACUGCUACAGCAACAGUUACAGCAACAGCAAUUACAACAACAAUCACAACAACAUCAAGUACAACAAAUGAUGCAACAGCAGAUGCAACAACAGUCAUUACAGCAACAGAUGCAAUCAUUGCAGCGGCAGCAAUUUCAAAUUCAGCAGCAAAACAUGUUUGGUGAUGGGAUGAUGAAUAAAGGCAUUGGGAACCAACAACCGAACCCACUGGCCAGCAUUCCUAAUAAUACGAUGAAUACCAAUCAAAAUACGAAUUGGAAUGGAAUGAACAAUUAUAGAGGGUUUUAA